AUGGGUUGGAGGAGUGGUGUCCGUGACACCGCAUAUUUGGAAGUGGGUGAGCAACAGCUCACAGAACUGUACUGGGACGUCAUACUCCUGACAGAAAGUCAGUUUCUGAUACCUGGCUUUACAGCGUACUCUAAAUUCCAGGCGUAUGUGGUUCGACAGGUUGGACAUGAUAUCACCAUGUACGAACGAAUGAUAAAGCCCACAGUUCAGCAGCGUGAAACCUCACUCUGGCGCUGUAUUGGCGCUACAUACUCGCUGCUUUUCUUUCCAGACUGGUUCCAAAGGCCAUUUUUCUGCAAAAACGACGCCACAUGUCUUCAGGUGACGAUUCGUGGUGACAUUACCCAGAUCGCGAAGCCGCUGCUCAUGGCCCUGCUGGAGUAUGGCGCUACUCUCCGGCUGGCCUGGUUGAGGCUCUAUGUGCACAGGGAAGCUCCUGGCAUAAAACCGUUGCUUCGAAACCUGAAUUGGCUUGGAGGACGCAUCGUACCAAACGAGAACCGUGCCGUUGUGCUUGAAUCGUGCAGUUGCGAGGAAACGUGGAUGUUCAGCGACGAACAUUACGUGAUCAUUGAGUUUGAGUGCUAG